GGCAUGGUGAUGCCGAAGCAUUCCUCCAAAAACCUGGCGCCCGCCGUGGUCUCCUCAAAACGCAGCAAGCACAGGAAGCAGGGCAUGGAGCAGAAGAUCUCCAAGUUCUCUCCCAUUGAAGAAGCCAAAGACGUGGAGUCAGACCUGGCCUCCUACACAGUGACCACAUCAGUCAGCAGCAGUAACGUGGCCUCCCGGGCGAAGAAGCUGCAGGAUGAGAUCACCUACGGCCUCAAGAAGAAUGUGUACGAGCAGCAGAAGUACUACGGCAUCUCCAGCAGGGACUUGGUGGACGAGGACGACCGCGUCUACUCAUCCGGAAGCAGGACCCGUUCAUCUGGCUACGGGGUAGAGAAGUCGUCCGGCCGCGACGUGAGCAGCCGCAGCAAAUCUUAUGACAGGGAGAGUGUGGAGCGCUCCCAGAAGGGCAGCUCCAAGCCCUCGUCCCUUGGCAUGAGCCAGAGCCGCGGGAGGACUCCCGUUCGCACGCAGGCCUCGGAAGAGGAGAGCCCCAUCAGCCCCCUGGGAAAGUCCAUGGGGGUGUCGCGCUCCUCUGGCGGCCCCGGCCCGCAGGCUGGCGGGGACCCCUGCUCCCAGUUCUGCUCCAGCCACUCGUUGCCUGAUGUGCAAGAACACAUCAAAGAUGUGCCAAGGAAUCACGCUUACAAGCACGAGGAAGGUUACGCCAUGGACGAUUCGCAUUGCGUUGUUUCAGACAGCGAAGCCUAUCAUUUGGGUCAGGAGGAGACAGACUGGUUUGAUAAGCCGAGGGAAGCGCGGUCAGAAAGGGUAAGGCACUACGGUGGCCACUCUUCCUCGCAGAAGAGACCCCCGGUUAAGCACACCUACCACGACUACGAUGAGCCCCCGGACGAUGAGCUGUGGCAGCACGAUGAGUACGCGCCGGCACCGCACGCCCCGGCCCACGCUGCUCUUGGGGCCGUCUUUGUGCCCCGGCAGCGCAGGGCAGGGCACGGGGUUGUGUGGGAGGGAUGGAGCCUGCCCGAGUUCAGUGCGGUUGCACUGUGA